AUGGCCAUUGAACCCAUGGAUACAGCUGAUGAGCAAUCUAUCCGGUUUCAGCAAAUUAUGAACCAAUCCCCUGAAGCCAAUGAACUUUCUGACCGGGCAUACCUCUUCUAUCUAAUGGACUGUGCAUUUGGACCACCUACCAAUUUCUUUGACUCACUACAGAGUCUGGUAUUGCCUACUGGGGCUUUGCCAGUGCUCUCAUCUCCCUCUGAAGGGGCCCCAGCUUCUCCAACAAGCUCCUCCUCUCUUCCAUCCCCAAGGACAUUAGUACAGCUAAUCCAGGCUGGUGCAUGGGAUGAUUCUAGUUCUUGUCUUGCUCCUGCCAUCAGUGCAACUAACAGCCACACCCCUGCACUGCUAAAUGAUAUUCCGGGCAAUUCUACCAUUGAGAGAAGCCUGGCACCAUCUAGCAAUCCCCCUGGCUCUCUACUGCCAGCUAGCAGCCACCAUCCUGGGAGGUUGUCAACUUCAAUAUGCCCAAGAGGUGACCUGGGUGCAUCAACAAGACCAGCAUGCUUGACUCGGCCAGGGGAAACAGUCUGGGCCCAUCAAGGACAACAAGACUUUGAUGAGAUUGCUCAGUACCUAGCACAGCAAUUUCUGGAUGUGUCCUCAACACUCUCCUGCUCAGGCGACAAUGUACCUGCUGCAAGUGGCCCUUGGUGGUUCAAGAUCCAAACCAAAUUGUAUCUUCAAAUCUGCGAAGCACUGGACAUGCCGAGCCUGCAGGCAAACGAUGAGCAUGUUGUGCAAGAUCAUGGUGGCACCUGGUCAGGCAGACUUACCUGUGAGCAUGUUGCUGCAUGGUUCACUUCUUUUCCACAAGCAAAGCCCUUAACACAGUCUACAUUCACCAAUCACCAGGGUGUGCUGAAGCAAUGGGAGCAUCUGUGGGCAGAUAAGGAGCACUACUAUAAUGCACACAAGGAAGUGCUCUCAUCCAUUUCACCUGAUGAGGAAAAUCCCCAACUGUAUGGUGCCAUCAAAUUGCUUGGGGUCCUUGGCUUCCUUGCAGCAUCUGAUGAAGCAGAGAGACAAGCCCUACUGUCAAUAGGUGGGUAUGGUCCAAAGUGGAAGAAGAGAUCAGAGAACACUUUCCAGACUACACCCCUUGACAAAGAGGACAAUUGUGCUCUCCCUAGCCACUUGAAGGUCUUGAGGUUUUCAAGUGACCCCAGGCUCCAUGCAGAGAACAGGCAUGGGCUCAUAUCUUUCUCUCAGGGUGAUGACUUCAUCAAUGUGGAGGCCAUGGACCACAUUGUGAUCCAUGUCAAAGUUCCACAACCAUGUGAGAUGGGGGCUAAGCUCAAUCUGAAGUCUAUCAAUGAUUUGAUUGAGUUGUCAUGGGCAUUUGCUGAUAUUUUCUUUGACAAUGAAUGGCAAGUAGGUUGA